ACAAUUGAAGAAAACCAAAUGACCAGGAUGAGAAGGGAUGCCAUUUCUCCCAUUCUACCCAUAUAAUACCCCUCGUUCACUCUCUUCACAAACCAAAACAUAAAUGCCCAACCACCCAAUAAUAAAGUCCCAGUAAUCUCCCACAACGAAUCCAACUCUAUUUGAUGAAUUUCAUUUCUUCCGGCUUAAUUUCUCACAAAGCGAGAAGAGAGAGAGAGCCUUUGUUGAGGAGAGAGAGACCGACAGAAAAUCCAGGUUGGAGAGAGAGAGAGAGAGAUUGCUUAGAGCGAGGAGAAAUAGAGCUUGCAAAGAAAGAUAGAGAGAGUUUGUCGAGUGAGGAGACUCAGGACUCAGGACUCAGGACUCAGGAGAGAGAGUUUGCUGAGAGCAGGAGAGGUAGAGAGGGACAGAAAAAAAUUUGAGUAUCUGACCGGUUUUAAGCUGCAGGGUAUUAUGCUUGCUGGGGCAAUCCUGGACCUCAUUUGCGGUCUUUGUAGGUUGUCUAGCACCGGUGUUCGCUCUGAAGGAAGCCUAUUCAGCUACCUUGUCAUUGGAAUUAGCUAUGCUACCCACUGGAGCAAAAGAUUCCCAACUCCGUGAGAGCAGCAACCAGAAGGUCCACCCACAACCCAUGGAAGAGGCCACGAAUCAGAAUCCUGAAGCUAUGGAAUCCCUUAUAUCCAAGAUUUUUACAAACAUCUCCUCCCUGAAGUCAGCUUACAUCCAGCUUCAAGCUGCUCACACUCCCUAUGACCCUGAUAAAAUCCAAGUUGCCGAUAAACUUGUAAUUUCUGAGCUGAAGAACCUGUCUGAACUCAAGCACUUGUACAGGGAGAAAAACCCCAAACCAGUAUGUGUUUCUCCACAGGACUCUCGUUUAGCUGCAGAGAUCCAAGAACAACAGAGCCUGCUGAAAACCUAUGAGGUUAUGGUGAAGAAAUUUCAGUCUGAAAUUCAGAAUAAAGAUUCUGAGGUUCUUCAGUUACAGCAGCAGAUUGAGGAGGCAAACCAGAGGCGGGCGAAACUGGAAAAGAAUCUUAAGCUUAGGGGCUUGUCAACAAAAGAAUCAGAAGGUUCUGCAGAUGAAAAUGGAUUUUUCCCUGUAGAUCUAACCCCUGAUCUCUUUGCAUCUGCUGUAGAAGCUGCUUUCAAAGCCAUUCAUGAUUUUUCUAAGCCAUUGAUAAAUAUGAUGAAAGCAGCUGGAUGGGAUCUUGAUGCUGCAGCAAACUCAAUUGAACCUGAUGUCAUUUAUGCAAAAAGAGCCCAUAAAAAAUAUGCGUUUGAGUCCCAUAUCUGCCAAAGAAUGUUCAGUGGCUUUCAGCAGGCAAGCUUCUCUAUCAAAUCAGACAAUCUUAUGGUCAAUAAAGACAGCUUCUUCCACCAAUUUCUUGCUCUAAGGGAGAUGGAUCCAGUGGACAUGCUAGGCCAAAAUCCAGAUUCCAUUUUUGGAAAAUUUUGCAGGAGCAAGUACCUACUGGUGGUUCACCCAAAGAUGGAGGCUUCGUUCUUUGGAAAUUUAGAUCAGCGAAAUUAUGUAAUGGGGGGUGGGCAUCCAAGGACUCCAUUUUACCAGGCUUUUCUAAAACUGGCGAAGUCAAUCUGGCUUUUGCAUAGGCUAGCCUAUUCGUUUGAUCCCAAUGUCAAGGUCUUUCAGGUUAAGAGAGGGACUGAAUUCUCUGAGGUUUAUAUGGAAAGUGUGGUGAAGAAUUUGAUACUGGAUGAAAGUGAUCAAAAGCCCAAGGUUGGACUAAUGGUGAUGCCUGGUUUUUGGAUUGGGGGUAGUGUGAUCCAGAGUCAAGUUUAUCUCUCGGGUAUGAAGGUUGCCGAAUGACUUGGCAUGUGUAUGCAAAUCUUCGUCCAGAUGAGUGUGGUAUGUAUGUUUGAUGUGUUGCUUUUCCUAUACUGUAUUUUGUCUCUGUAUCUUAUGUAAUAGUAAUAACUGGUUUGGAGAUGAAUAGCUUUUAAUUACCUGUCCAAGGGUUC